GACCAAAUUCAGUUGUUGCUCGGACGUUAUACAAUGGAGAACAGAUUUAUCCCGGCGGUAGUCCUCCUGGUAGCCUCAUUGGUUGCUGUGAGGUCAGCGGUUAUAAAUGUACAGUCAAGCGACAUUGACUUUUACAAGCUGUAUAAUAACCCAGAGGCGCACAUAAAUAUUAGAUUAUAUUAUCGGCGCACGACGCGUGAUCGUAUAGCUGCACAUGGAUAUCCUGCGGAGCAUCAUCACAUUGUCACCGAUGACGGCUAUAUCGUGGGCGUAUUUCGCAUACCCUACUCGCACAAAUUGAAUAAUCAGAAAGAACUCCGACCCAUUGUACUUAUUCAGCAUGGUCUAACGAGUUCCUCAGAUGCCUGGAUCCUUAAUGGUCCAAACGAUGGUCUGCCUUAUCUGCUUGCUGAUGCGGGUUUCGAUGUUUGGAUCGGGAAUGGUCGUGGAAACACAUACUCCAGGAAUCACACAUCACUAUCCACAGAGCAUCCUUAUUUCUGGCGUUUCAGUUGGCACGAGAUUGGCUACUAUGAUAUAGCGUCCAUGAUCGAUUAUGCACUUAAAACAAAUGGACAGGGUCAGAAGUCCAUACACUACGUGGGUCACUCUCAAGGCACCACUGUAUUUUUCACAUUGAUGUCUAUGCGUCCCGAGUACAAUCAGAAAAUAAAAACGGCUCACAUGUUUGCACCUAUUGCGAUUAUGAGCAAUCUGCAAAGUAAAUUGGUGCGCACAGUGGCACCUUAUCUAGGGCCCCGGAAUAUCUACUCCUUGUUGUUUUCCAGCCAAGAAUUUAUACCUUAUAAUGAAUUUUUGUUGUCGUUGCUGUUCAAUCUAUGUGAGCCGGAUUUGAAUUUGCGGCCGGUUUGUGACAAGGCUUUGGAUCUGUUAUACGAAGGUGGACGUGUAAACAUGACUGCCAUGUCAGAGGGAUUAUCCACACAUCCAGCUGGUUGUUCAACAAAUCAAAUGCUGCAUUAUCUACAAGAACAUUUGUCUGGACAUUUUCGGCAAUACGAUUACGGCACGGAGAAAAAUCUGAAGGUAUACAAAUCGGAAACGCCACCGGAUUAUCCCGUUGAGAAAAUAACUGCCGAUCUGCACCUGUGGUAUGGAGAGAGUGAUGAUCUGGCCGCGGUAGAGGAUGUUUUGGCCCUGGCCGAUCGGCUGCCUAAUAAAAAGGUACAUCGCAUGGAGGACCCUUUGUGGAACCAUGGCGACUUUGCGCUUAACGUGGACGUUCGCAAAUAUUUAAACGAACCCGUCAUUAAGAUAAUGCAGACUUUUGAAAAUGCGAAUAAUUAAACCAAAAUAUUUGGACUAUAAUGGACCUUAAAACAGACUUUUAAAUGUGCUAUUUAAUCUGUAAAAAUAUUUGCACUUAGACCGAAGGUAUAAUCGUGUGUAAGUUAUAUUGAUUUGGCACACUUCGUGGAGGUAACAGUAAUAAAAAUGUUUGAGACUUAAUGGAAA